GAAAACCCCGUAUAAAGGAGAAUGAAUCCUUUGACAAAAAUUAGAGCGAUUGAAAAGCUCAAGAAAUCUGAGAUAGAGGCUGGAAUUGAGGACUCUGCAGGGUCAUGGCACAACGACUACAAAGACAGUGCAUAUAUCUUUGUUGGAGGCCUCGACUAUGAGUUGACAGAAGGUGAUUUAUUAGCCGUGUUUUCACAAUAUGGAGAGAUUGUAAGUACCAAUUUGGUUCGUGACAAAGCAACAGGCAAAUCAAAGGGCUUCUGCUUUCUGGCAUAUGAAGAUCAACGCAGCACUAUUCUAGCUGUUGAUAACUUCAAUGGCAUACAGUUGUGUGGUCGAACCAUCAGAGUUGAUCAUGUCGCAGACUACAAGGCACCCAAACUGAAAGAGGGUGAGGAACGGAAGGAUGAAGACUGUGCACCUCAAAUUCCAUCACCAAAACAUCAACCAGCCAAAAUUCCCACUGAUCAAGGACAUGAAGAUGAAGAUCGUAGGGCUAGAAAGAAAGCAAAGAAGGCCAAGAAGAUGAAGAAGGAAGAGAAAGCAAGGAGCAAACUUGGACUAAAGACUGAAACAAACAGACGUUCAAUAGGAAUAAAAGGUAGUAGUAUUGAUAGGAGUGAGAGAGGAAGGUUACUGGAACAAAGGUAUAGCAUGGGUGAGACUUCAGGCAGUUAUGGAAAAGGCAGUAAACCAGCAAAGAAACAAGACAAUGAGAACCCAUCACGGAGAGAUGAGAGAUUUCAAAAUAGAGAACAGGGAAGAACAGACAAUGGAAAAGACAGAGGGCGACCCUUGGAUCGAGAGGGAAUGUCCACUUCGGAAAGAUAUCGUGAAAGAAGAUUAGAUGAAACAAACAGAAUGGGUCGUGAUAGACACAGAAGCAGGUCAAGGUCAAGAGAAAGGGUGAGUAGAAACAGAUGAUUUAAACAAGAGCUUUUCCAAAUGUUACACAAUGGAGACUGCAGCAACCUUAUUUUUCUGCUAGUGUUCUCUGUUGAUGACUUAUUACUGUUGUAGCCGUUAUUUACCAGUUAUUAGUGUUUGACCUGUUUAACUGAGUGUUGACAGUAGAGUCUUCAAUCCCAUUGCAGGUGGUAGUUUCUGUUGGUGUAAAUAGAGCUGUGGUGUACACAAAAUGUGCUAUUGAGUUUCCUGUAAGUGCAAGUAACGCCUUGAGUGACUGCCUUCUGCUACUAAUAUAGACCACACAGAGAGAGUUCUGUGAUGAAGCUAUUACUGUAGACUUGCACCUGGUGAAGUGAUGAACUCAAAGCAAUAGAAGCUGUUUUAUACCUGAACAUGUAUCUCGAUCACCAAGUAUCUCAUCUGUGUAUCUGUUUCUUACAAGUUGCAUAGCACAAGUACUGGUUUAUGUCAGGAAAACUAUAGAGAGAGUCAGUGGAAUUGUCUACCAUUAUAUGUAGCGAGGUAGUUGCUAGAGACUGAGGUCAAGCUUAUUAAUACUGAAGUGUUUAGUGGAGGCAUUGCCAUCUGAGAUGCAAGGGUUAUUCUUAAUUAAAUGAAGAGAUUCUAUUCGUAGACAAUGAAGAAAGCUGAGCUCUUGGCAGAACCACCAAGAAAUCAUAUGUCUGUGAUUAUGUAUGUAUUUCAGGUUGGUUGACUAAACUGUUUUAUAUAAGAAUCAGAAGAAGUCUUUGUAUGGUACAUAUCUAGACACUGACUCAUUGCAUUUUUUCUAACAAGGGUUACUUUUACAAAGAGAAGGUUAGUUGGUGCACAUCUAUUUGUGGCUUCUCUUCAUCGUGACUGCAGCAUGAUUUUACUGUAUA